AUGGCUUCUCCAAAAACUACACUCACUAGCCUUCCGCCCGAACUAUUCCUUACUAUAUUCUCCUACCUCCCCCAUCGAACCAUCAAAACCGUCGUUUCACCGUUGAAUUCUGCAACUCGAACUUCGCCCUCCAAAUCUGCUCUCCAGAACCUUUCUCUCACUUCAAAAUCCCUAAGAGUAACAUCUACACCUUAUAUCUUUGAAAGCAUCACUAUCAAAAGCUUCACACAACUCGAAGAAUUUGUAAGAGACGGGGGAGUCGGAGAGAUAGUUGGGAGAUAUGUUCGAAGGGUGGUCAUGAGAUGGGAUGCAUAUGGGGGGGUUAUGAAGUUGUCUCAACAGUAUCUUCCAACCGAGAACUUGAAAGUUCUGAUGAAAAGGGCAUUGGGGUUGAUGUCAAACUUGAAUACUCUGACAAUGGAUUUUCCUGGGGCGAUAGAUGCAUUGACUUACGCUAUUGUUGAUGAGGGUGGAUUGAAACGCUUGCAGGGGGUUAGUGUUAGGAAUGGUAGGGUCGAAUACGGAGGCGAUGUCGCAGAGCUUCUCUACAAUCUGGGGAAGCUGAGAGAACUACAGACCCUGAUUAUUGAUGGAACGACAUGCCCGACAGAUACUUUGAAGCCUAGCAGUGUGCUUCACCUUGUUCCUGGGGGUUUCAAAGAACUAGUGAAUCUUGAAGUCGUCAAUGUAUCAAGCUUCAACGACAAUUUACUAUCCAACAUCAUGGGAGCAGCAAGCAAAUCGACAGCUUUGACAAUAAAGAACUGCACUGGGGUCACACUUUCAGGAACCAGAAAACUGCUCCUGAAAUACGGCGGGAGACUACAAUAUCUAUCCCUCGAGGUUCUAAAAGGAUGGGUUCACGACACAAACCGUCCUGAACACGAAGCGGAACAUGAGCACGAACUUUACCGCUUUUCAGAAGACGAACAUCUCUGCCCCGUUAUCAGAGACUGUUGUAGAAACCUCCAAAUCUUGGAUCUAUACACAAACAAGAUCUGCAAGGAAAUGCUAUUUUCAAUGUCUACAGGAAGCGGAGCCAUGACCAGCGGGUUACCAACCCCGCCUGAGUCACCAGAUCUCCCACCGACGAGGAUAAUAGAUAUUCCGACACCUCCGACUGAUAUAAUUACUGACCAAAGGGGAUUCAUAAGGACAUCAGUGCUACCACCACCACUCUUCAGUUUCCAAAAUUUAUCAUUAAUCCAUCAAGGAGAAGAAGAGGAGGGGAGAUUGGUAAAGGCACCAGUCGAGAAGCAGCAAAAGAUGAAAAGAGUAAAGCUGAGGAUCCCAUAUGAUUCUUCGUGCUACGGAACAGGGGCAGGAGGGCCCAGCCUACAACAAAGAUUUACGACGCUUUGUGAUGGAGCACCGGCGAUUGAGCUACUAGAAGUUGGGAAGAAGGCAUUUGAAGAGGGAUUGGUAGAGUUGGUGAAUGUGCAGGGGCAUUGGAAGGGAGGGCCUUAUUUGAUGAUGCCAUGA